AUGGAUGGAGGAGGAGGAGAUGAAGCUGGAGCCGGCGAUGCGUCUAACCCGGUGACGACGAGGAGGCCAGCGGCUCCAACUCCAUUGAGCAAGAAGCGGUAUAAGAAAUUAGAUUUGAAAAGCUUUUUUCCUAGUACAAAUUCCACAAGUGGAAGCAACUCGGGGCCAAGUACUCGUGAAAGCGGUAAUGUUGUUGUUCCUGAAUCUGAAGAACAAGAAGAGCUACGAGAUUCAGAGCCACAUCCAGUAGAAACAGUACAAGAGAUGGAUCAUCGCUUCAAUGAGGUAUCAUCAGAGUUACUUAUUUGCUUCUCUUGUCUUGAUCCAAGAGAUUCAUUCUCUAUGUUUGAUUUGGAGAAGAUUGCUCGUAUAACGGAGAUCUAUGAUCAAGAUUUUUCAAUUGUUGAUCGUUCUAAUAUAAGAGAUGAACUUGAGAAUAACCAAUUGUUGCUCGUAUAA